AAGAGGGAUAGUGUGACAUUCUGGCUGGACACCUAUCCAAUCUGGUGCGUAAAGGGUAUUUUGGAGAGAUAUGUGGAUACCCCAAAUUUCCUUUAUAAAUGACCCGCAACAAAAGGCGAUCGCUGGAGACAAUUAAGACCAAAUGAGGUGAAUAUCGAGUCGAAAUCGAUGGUUUCUGGCUGUUUUUUUACGUCAGAAAACCCCAAGUUUGCUGAAAGGAAAACCACGCGCAGUCCUCCAGGAGCCAGAAUCGAAGGAGCAGUGGUGGACACAGCGACAGGUCAAAGACUUCUUUAUCUAUCUUUUAUGUAGUUUCAGCGAUGUGUGCAGCCAGUGGUUGGAGAUAAAGUUAGAGCAUAAGUCUGGUGUGGUUGAACUGCCGGGAGAAAACAGUGCGUCUUUGCGCUCAGGCUGAGAAGGAGCACAGGAGGAGAAAAUCUGGGAGAGAAGGGCGAGGGACGCGAUCUCUCCAAGGAUGACUCUAGGGACGGACAUGUCCGAUAGCUCCGCACUAUCCGAGGAUGUGGACAUCGAUGUGGUAGGGGGUGACAUAUCUGUGGGAAAGGACGGGAAGUACAUUCACCACGAGUUCAACUUGGACAAUGACUCCGACGAUAACUGCUCCCAGAGCGCCGCAGAAAGAGGCUCCUCUCCGGCGCUUAACACCACAGACUGUCCCACUGAGCAGAUGGGCUCCGGCGCAGAGGCGGGCACCGUGAUUGGGGACAAACCCAGAAAAAGUGCACUAGUGAAGCCACCCUACUCCUACAUCGCCCUGAUCACUAUGUCCAUCUUGCAGAGCCCCAAGAAGCGCCUGACCCUGAGUGAGAUCUGUGAGUUCAUCAGCAACAGAUUCCCAUACUACCGGGAGAAAUUCCCUGCGUGGCAAAACUCUAUCCGUCACAACCUUUCCCUGAACGACUGCUUCGUAAAAAUCCCACGCGAGCCCGGCAACCCCGGCAAGGGCAACUAUUGGACCCUCGACCCGGACUCCGCAGACAUGUUCGACAACGGCAGCUUCCUGCGCAGGAGAAAGCGCUUUAAACGGCACCAGACUAACGAAAUCCUCAGGGACGCCGGUGGUUUCCUACCCGGGUUUGGAUACGGGCCAUAUGGAUACAACUAUGGACUUCAGCUGCAGAACUUCCACGCCGCUCACAGCCCAUAUCACCCACACCACCCAGGUGGUUCAUUCCCGUUUCCGAACGCGCCCUGCACCUUAUCCUCCUCUGCAACUUUAUUCCCUGCGCCGCAUCCGCUGCCUUCUCUUUUAGGCGCCGAUUUAAGAAAGCCCUUUUACCCCCAGCUCAGCCCUUCUCUGCCGCCUCUCAAGACGGACCCCAGCGCUCCCAGUCGGCCUUCUUUCUCCAUUGACAAUAUCAUCGGUGCGGCCAACUCCGCCGCCUCUUCCUACGGCGCACAGCCGAGCAGCCAGGCGCAGAUCCUGGCGAUGCUGACCCCAGCCCUGGCCUCUGCCUCAGGUCACUUGAACCUAUCACCGGACACUGUUUUACAGCCUGUGCCACAGAGUGAGACUUUUCCAAGCAAAACCCCAAAUAUGAACACUUGUCCUUUUUAAAGCAAACAUAAAAUUACAAGAAAAACAAAACACAGUAAAUUAAAGAGCCACUUGUGGCAGCGCCCAGUGUGAAGGUAGGCUGAACAUUCUUCCUGAAAACGAAAGCCUUUUUUUAUUCUUCUGCUUUGCUCCAAAUAUCGUGGAGAGAAAGGUUUAUUUAUGUUGUGUAAAUAUGUGAAUAGUACCGGGACACAAGAAAAAGACUUUUUUCCCCUUAAACGUCAGUCUGCACCGUGGGCUUCAUUUGUCAGCUGAAGAAAAGUAAAAAAAUAAAAAUAAAUAAAUAACCUUGUUAUUUUAUAAGUUAAUUUUAUCACCUUUGGUCAUGGGAAUAAUUGACAUUUUUUAAAAAUAUAUAUUUGAGAAUUUUAUUAUGAUUCAUGUUGUUUUAAUUUCGUGCAUCGUGAAUUAAUGUUGUUGACAUUUAUAGGAUGACAAGAGCGGCAAACUCAGGUUUUUUUUUAAGGAAAGCACAUGGAAAAUGGGGACACAAUAUUAAAUUGUCAAAUUUGUGUCAAAAUAAUUUCACAUUAUUGGACAUUACAGGCUGUGAGGUGUUUUUGGUUUAUAAAAACGAGCUUAUGUCUCUCUCUCUCUCUCUUAACCUGUAAUUGUUGUAGGUUUUGAUCUAUUUCACAAUUUAAUCUGUGAAAAUAUGUGAUGUGUUGCCAAUAGAAAGAGGGAGACUCGCCUAAAUGUUUAUAGGUCAUUUUUUGUUGUGAUGACAAGAAAAAUAAAUGUUUGUGAAUUUGAAAACGAACACGUUUCGUUGCAUAGAAAA